AUGACCCGCCUCGUCGCCAAGCUCUCCCGCAUGCGCGGCGCCGCCCUCAAGCUCGGCCAGAUGAUCAGCUUCCAAGACCUCAAGCUCCUCCCCGGCCCCAUCCAGGACGUCAUGCAGCGCGUCCAGGACAGCGCCGACUACAUGCCUGCGCGCCAGCGCGACCGCGUGCUCGCCACCAGCCUCGGCGCCGACUGGCGCGACGCGUUCGCGGAGUUCGACGAGGUGCCCAUCGCCGCCGCGUCGAUCGGCCAGGUGCACCGGGCGACGCUGCGCACCGGGGAGACGGUCGCGGUGAAGGUGCAGUACCCCGGGGUAGCGACAUCGAUCGACUCGGACCUGAACAACCUCUCGCUUCUGCUCACCGCAUCGCGCCUGCUGCCGCGCGGGAUGUAUCUCGAGAAGACCAUCGCGAACGCGCGGACGGAGCUGGCGUGGGAAUGCGACUACGUGCGGGAGGCGGAGUGCGGGACUCGCUUUCGAGAACUACUCGCCGACGACGACGCGUUCACCGUCCCUCAGGUCUUCCCCUCCGCGUCCGGAAGAGAAGUCCUCACCGCCGAACUCAUGCACGGCACCGCGGUCACAAAAAUUCCCGACUUAUCCCAGGACGAACGCGACUGGAUUGGCACCCAUCUCCUCCGCCUCUGCCUCCGCGAGAUCACUGAGUUCCGCUACAUGCAAACUGACCCCAACUGGACCAACUUCCUCUACAACCGCGCCACGCACAAGCUCGAGCUCCUCGACUUUGGCGCCACGCGCGCGUAUCCGCUAGAAUUCAUCGGGCCGUAUGUCGGCAUCCUCCGCGCCGCCGCCGCCGACGACCGCGCCACCAUCCAAUCCCUCUCCGUACAGCUUGGUUACCUCACGGGGUCCGAGAGCGCGGCGAUGGUAGACGCGCACGCCGACUCGGUGCUGGCACUGGCAGAGCCGUUCGGUGCGCAGGCGGACGCGGUGUACGAUUUCCAGGACCAGACGAUCACAGAGCGGGUGCGGGGGCUGAUUCCGACGAUGUUGAAGGAGCGGUUGGCGCCGCCGCCGGAGGAGACGUAUAGUCUGCAUCGGAAAUUGAGUGGGGCGUUUUUGUUGUGUGCGAGAUUGGGGAGUCGGGUUAGGUGUAGGGAGUUGUUUGAGGGGGCGGUGGAGAGGUUUGAGGGGAGGAAAGGGGAGGUGUAA